AUGGGUUUGAAGCAUUUCGACCCUCAGCGCUUUCACGGGUGUGAAGGCAUGGAACACCAAUAUCCUCGUUUCAAAUUCGUUGGUCUUGCGCUGUUUUUCAUUCUCAUGACGUCGCAGGCCUGGCGGCAUCUCCCUUGCACGCCGGAGAACAUCGAGUACAGCCAUACUGGACUACCCUACCCUAAGCUCGAUAUCUUUGCUCAAAGCCUGCUGGACACUUGGACCCUUGUUGACCUUGACCACCUCGUCGACGGUAUGAAUUUGACGCUCGAGUGGGGCGAAGCGAAUUUGAAUUUGGAUGGCACCAUCGAUGCGGAAUGGCGUUGA